CAGCUCUCUCUCUCCUUUAAAUGCCCUUUCACAGUCACCCCCACUUGAUCUCGGGUAUUUAUUUGCCUCUCCUAUCUAUUUUCACAUCUCUCACUCAUCUCUAACAAGGCAAACCAACAAAGAAACCAAGCAUGAACACCCUCGCCACCUCUUUUCUCUUGCUUCUUUUGCUCACCACAACCACCACCUUCUCCUUCGCCACCCGCCCAGCUGACUCCUUCACACCCGAGCUCAAGGCCGUCAAAGGGAAGCCCACCACCGACCCCAACAACAAGGGCGUUGGCAGCGGAACAGACCCCGGUAACGGCUUCUUCGGCCCUGGAGGUGGGUUCGGGGUACCGGGUUUCGAAAACGGGUGGGGGAACUUCGGCGGAGGGUAUGGAGCCGGGUACGGAGGGCCGUCAGGUGGGUACUCCAAGGGAGGAACCAUAAGGCCGACGGUGGUGUGUAAGGAAAAGGGUCCCUGCUACAUGAAGAAGCUGACGUGUCCGGCCAAGUGCUUCACCUCUUACAGCCGAUCCGGCAAGAACUACGGCGCCGGCGGGGGUGGGGGUGGGUGCACCAUGGACUGCAAGAAGAAGUGUACCGCUUACUGUUAGAGCGUGGGUUAUGGAUUGGCUGUAGCCGGUAAUAGUUUCUAUUAUUAGUAUGUGAUGUAGUCUUUUAGGAAGUUGUUAUGCUGAUUUGGGUUUGUGGGUUAUCUCUAUGACUAUGAGUGCUUAUUUUUGACUUGUUUUUUCUUCGUGGUUAUAUAAAUAAAUAAUAUGAGAAGAUAUAAUAUUUAUGUAGA